AUGGCAUCAGACCACUACCGUUACCACCAGCACCGGCGGCGUCGCGGGGAUAGCAGCGGCUCCUCGUCAAUGAUUAUGCCGCAGACGCCUCAACAGCGCGAUUCUCACGACUUGUCCCUGUCGCCGCGCGAUGUGACCCGCGACUCUCUCGUCACGAAUAUGUUGUUGUCGUUGGAUCAAUUCUCCUUUGAUCAGCAGCAUCAGCAGCAGCUGCAACAACAGCAGAGCCCGUUUGAUCACCGCAGCCACUGGGACCCUUCGCCGAGCAAUCACAGCCCCGGACAACCCCAGCACCACCACCAGAACCACCGCUACCACCAAGCCUUUGAUGGGGCGCCGCCGCCCCGGGCACAUAGCAGCUCCUCUCCUUCUGUUGGCGCUCGACCGGCAGCGUCUUUUUCACGCCCCCCAGAGGCCAAUUCAUAUCAUCACCAUCGAGAUCGUGGUCAGUCGUACAGCAGCGUCUCUUCGAACUUAUCCACGCCCCCCAACGCCCGUGGGCACAACCCCGAUAAGGCUGCGGCCAGCAACCGCCGUGCCCCCAACACCUCGUCCUCCGCUUCCUCCUCGACGGUAACGGCAACCCAGAGAGAACAGGUCGGCGCUGCCAACGCAAGCCUUCAGGCUGCCCUCGCGAGCACCCCUAUCCGGUCGACCCAGAAGCAGAAAAAACAUAUCCCCCCCGUUACGCCCCCAGCUCGCGGCGCUAGUCUCUCCUCCCACGAUCUGAGCCUCGACCAACGCCCCUCGCGUGUCCGCCGAGUCCCCAAGCACCUGCACGACGGAUAUCACGAGUUCCUCACUGAGACAGUCCCGUCCUCAGCUACCGCGUCCUCGUCGUCCCGUCGCGACCCGACCCGACGCAGCAAGAGUGCCGGCGGCUCCAGCUCCCGCCAGCGCGCGGCCGCUGCAGCAGCGUCUGGUGCCACCGGUUCCCCGGCUCAGUCGCGUCCUCCGCUGCCUCUGGCUUCGUCCUCGAUCAUUGAAUACGACGUCGACUACCUCAGUCAAGACUACGGUGCGGCUCCCACGCCUACGGUUCCGGCCGGCCCUCGCCGCCGCACAUCCAAUCUUGGUCCUCGCGGCGCCUCUUUUGACCAUCUCCCACCCCCUGGUAUUGAGCGAAAGCGCAGCUCCCGCACCCUCUCUCUGAGGAGCAUAUCCAGCAAGAAAAAGCACGCCGCCACGUCUUGGGACCAACAGAAGCAGCAGCAGCAGCAGCAGUCGCAGCCCCCCAUGCCUGGCACCGAUGACUUCGAACCGGCUCCUGCGCCUAGCGUCGGCUAUCGUAAGACGAAGGACGACCAGCAUAGAGCCAAGUCAUCCCACGCUGCGUUCCCGCACCACCACCACCCGGACCUGCCGCAUCAGCAACCGCCGCAAAAGGAGCGGCCGGGCUUCUUUCGCCGUGUCUUCGGCGGCGGCAAUUCAUCCAGGAAUGUGCUGGCUGCAACCGAACAGCCUCCACAGCCCAACUCGCCGCGCCCGCCGUCGUCACUAUCACGACCGCAGAGCGGUAAGCUGAUCAAGGAGCAGUCCAAAUCGACUUCUGGACCGCCGUCCAGGGACACCUCUUCCUCGCACUCGCAGCAGCCACCGCCGGUACCGCCUCUGCAGAAAAAGACAUCGUCAUUCUUCCGCCGACGUAAGAAGUCGGUCGUGGAUGACGCACCACCUCUGCCUUCCCAAAUACCACCUGUGCCCAAUGUCCCGCUGACAACAUUAACCAAAAAGACGAGCUCGGGAACCGACGACGCCAGCCCUGUCAGCAGCCUGCGUCAAGCCUUGGACCCCUAUCUCCGUAGCAGUGCUGGAUCGGGCGUUGGUGCCGCGAAGCCGAGCGCGCUGGCCGACAUCACGAAUAUUGCCGCUGACGACGCCCGCGAAGACGAAACCGACGAGCCCAGAUCCGAGUUCAAGCGCGAGUUCUCGCCCGAUUACGAGCCGAGUCCGAACGCCAAGAUCCGCAGCGUUCCCAGCGACACCGAGAAUAAUCUUGAUUCCCCAUCUAGAAAGACGGGUGCUGGAACAAAGAAAUCAAAAUCCGCGGCCAACCAGACUUUUCUCGACUUGGAUAAUGGUAGCGAUGAUGACCACGCUGGUAAAGUCGGAAACAGACGCUCCAAGUCGGACCUUUCCGCCUCUACCCACUCUGAAUCGUCCCACGUUUCGCAACAGGACACGAGCAAGGAUGACACCAUCCGAGCCAGUAAGAUGGCGCCUCGCAUUACGGAGCAGCUGAGUCUAGGCACCAGCCGCAGCCGAUCAAACUUGAGACUGCCAAGCGAUGGUAACCGCUCCGUGAGCGCGGGCAGUAUGUCUACCGAUACGGACUAUAAAUCUGUCCUCAGCGCUCCCCCGAGCGUGCGCGUCGAAGACCUUGAUGAAACCGAUUCUUCCAAGGGAGCGAGCACCGCCAAAACCAUGCAAGCCAAGGGCCUUGACGAACCGCUGUUUGUCGUGGGCGAACCGACCGAAGAUGACAGGCUCAAGGCCAAGAAGAUUUACGACGGGCUGCAAGACUUUAUUCCAAAGGACAAGGCGGCGGCGUGGAUGGGCGAGGAAGGCCCUGUACGAAAGCGCACCCUGCAGGCAUACAUGGAACUCUACAGCUUUACCGAUCAAAGCAUCCUGUCCGCCCUGCGCAGCAUUUGCGGUCGGCUAAUUUUACGAGCCGAGACCCAACAAGUCGAUCGAAUACUGGUUGCAUUUUCUAAGAGGUGGUGCGAUUGCAACCCGAACCAUGGCUUCAAGGCGACCGACAUUAUCCACACCAUCUGCUACUCGAUUAUGCUUCUCAACACCGAUCUCCACAUGGCUGAUAUCGAGACCAAGAUGACUCGAAGCCAAUUCGUGAAGAACACGCUCUCUACGAUACGACAAUCGCUCCACGAGUCGAACCCCGACGCCUUCCAGCGCCCGAGCAUUCUUCCCGACAGAAGUCCGAUGACGGCUGCAGAUUCGACCUCUGGCGAGCAAGACCGGUCGACCUUCCGCCACUCGUUCCGCCCUCCUCCGAGACCAGACGCGCAGGGCGGGGACCCCAGUGAAGACAGUGGGCCGCUGGUCCGGAAUGGACUCACCGGUACACUGCGUGCCUGGGAGGAGCAAAUCGAACUGGUUCUUAAGAGUAUCUAUGCAUCUAUCCGCGACGACAGGCUCCCUCUGUUUGGAGCUGAAGACCGCCCUGUUGGCCCGGCGCAGUCGCAGAGCAAUCUCUCCGUUAUGGGCCUGCUGAAGCGCACGCCCAGUGUACUGAGCAAGGCGCCUUCAGAAGGUCAAAUGUCCUCGCGUGGACGUAUCGCAGACGGCGUCCGCACUGGUGCUUCGAGGUGGACUUCGAAGAGCCGCUCCCGCCCUGGCCUGGGACGAAAUGGCAUGGCAUCGAGUAGGACUAGCUUCGACGACGAUAACUCCUUGUGGAGCCCUGCCAUGUCUUCGGCUACCUGGAGCCGCUACUCUCUUGGGCGCACCCAAGCGUCCAUGUCUCAGGAUUCCUUUGCGUCGUCAAUGCCCAGGGGCGACUUCCAGCGGUCGAUUGGUUUUGCUAACGCGCUGAGCCAGUCCAUCAUCCGUGAUGAGGACCUGAACGGCGACGAAACAGCCCCGUCCAUCAUCAGCAGCGACUACACUACUGCGCAGAUGCUCGAAGACGAGUCGCUCGAGUUGGCCGGCCCGCCAUGGAUCAAGGAGGGUAUGGUCGUGCACAAACACCACUUAGAUGGUGUAGGCAAGCGGGCAAAGGACCGCAACUGGUCAGAGGUCUUUGCCGUCGUGCAAAAGGGCCAGCUUAGCAUGUUCUCCUUCAACUUGAGCAAGUCGGCCCGGCACAAGGCCCGUCCGCGUACGGCGAUGGCACCGGUCGGCGGCGGAAACUGGCAGGACAACGCCGUCAACGUUGGUACAUUCAAUCUCCGCCUUACGCUGGCCUCGGCGUUGCCGACGCCGGGCUACUCACGCACACGCCCCUACGUGUGGGCGCUCAGCCUACCAACCGGCGCCGUGCACCUGUUCCAAGUCGGCACGCCGGAGAUCAUCCGCGAGUUCGUCAACACGACAAACUACUGGAGCGCAAGGCUCAGCUCGCACCCACUCGUUGGAGGCAUCAGCAACAUUGAGUACGGCUGGAGCGAGGCUAUUGUCAACAACGCGCUGGUGGCCGCCAUCAACGAGUCGAGCAGCCCGCCGCCCUCGGCGACGCAGAAAACAGCGGGCAGCACCCUUGGCCACGCGCGCAAGAGCAGUACGCAGAGCGCGAGCGCCAAAUCGUUGAGUUUUGACCACAGUAUCGGCGGCGGCAGCAACAGCGGCUUCACCAACAACAGCGGCCGGGGCAAGCUCCCCGGGGAUCGAGUGCACAUUGCGCCCUGGUCGCCGCCGACGCAGAGCGCGCGGCCGAGCAACCUGUCUGAGGAUGAGCAGCGCGAGGCGCUGGCAGCGUACGUGCGCAGCAUCGAGAGCGACCUGCAGGCGCACAACCAGCUGCGCAGCCCGAUGCUGCUCGCGUACACGCCGCGCGGGACCAACGCUGCCAAGGCCAUGACCAACUGGGAGAGCAAGAGCUCGUACCUGCUCCGCGAGAUUGUCAAGUUCCGCACGUACGUCGACUGCCUGAACCAGGCCGAGACGCGCAGGCGGGAAGUCUAUAAGGAGCGCGCGCUGGCGCAGCGCGCGGCCCGCGGCGACCUGAGCGAGCCGGACGACGACGACGACGAUGACGCGGGUGCUAACGAAACUCUACGACCAUAA